CUAAAAGUGGUGGUAGAGGGAGAGCGCGCGCUGCUGAGCGGAGUUACCCGAACCUCCACCCCGCUGAACUACAGCCUGAACCCGGCUACACUACAGCUCCAGCCCCGCUACCCUACAGCCUCCACCCGCCGCCCGCCCGGAGCCUGAUCACCAUGUCCGGAGACACCAAGGAGGCCAUGAACAUUUACUGCGUGACGCUCGCCGGCCCGGCGCCCUGGGGCUUCCGGCUCCAGGGAGGGAAGGACUUCAGCAUGCCUCUGACCGUAUCCAGGCUGACUCCUGGAGGAAAGGCCGCUCAGGCCGGAGUGGGCGUGGGGGACUGGGUCGUGUCCAUCUCAGAGACCAACGCUGAGGAGAUGACUCACGUGGAGGCGCAGAACAAGAUCAGAGCAGCAACCGACUCCCUCACUCUGACACUCAGCAGAGCUUUCCAGCCUGGUGGAGGUGAACAGAAGCAGCCGGAGAUUAUGGACAAUAGAGGCGAGGUCUACUUUGACGAGUUUUACCCUGAGAAGCACAGUCUGCGGGUGGAGCCCCCCUGCUUCAUCCCCAACGACCGCAGUAAGAAGCGUCUGAUCGAGGACACGCAGGACUGGCAACCUCGCACCGGCACCACACAGUCCCGCUCCUUCCGCAUCCUCGCCCAGCUCACAGGAACCGAUUUCAUGCAGGACCCGGAUGAUGAGACCAUGAAGAGGUCCAGCCACGGAGUCACGCCCUGCCCCCCCACCACCAAACCAGCACCCAAACCCGAACCGGCCAGAGCUCCAGCCAAACCUGCUAACUCCACCGGUCCAUCCUGUCGGCCCCCGUGGGUAACAGACCCGAACUUCGCCGAGCGGUACCACCCGGACAAGACCAGCACGGUGGUGACCCAGCACAGCCAGCCGGCCCAGCCCACGCCCAUGCAGAACCGCAGCUCCAUCCUGCAGGCGGCGCAGCAGAACCCGGCCGAGAGCACCGGCCGCACCCCGCUCUGCGGAGCCUGCAACAAGAUCAUCAGGGGGCGCUACGUGGUGGCGCUGGGCCGCUCCUGGCACCCGGAGGAGUUUACGUGCUGCCAGUGUCGGGUGAUGCUGGACGAGGGGGGGUUCUUCGAGGAGAAGGGCUCUGUUUACUGCACCAAGUGCUACGACAAUCGCUACGCCCCCAACUGCGACAAAUGCAAGAAGAAGAUAACCGGAGAGAUCAUGCACGCCCUGAAGAUGACCUACCACGUCCAGUGCUUCCUGUGCGCCGCCUGCAAAACGCCCAUCAGGAACCAGGCCUUCUACAUGGAGGAGGGCGAGCCUUACUGCGAGAGAGACUAUGAAAAGAUGUUUGGCACCAAAUGCCACGGCUGCGACUUCAAGAUCGAUGCGGGCGACCGCUUUCUGGAGGCCCUGGGCUACAGCUGGCACGACACGUGCUUCGUCUGCGCUCUUUGCCAUAUCAAUCUGGAGGGGAAGACGUUCUAUUCGAAGAAGGAUAAGCCUCUGUGUAAAGGUCACGCCUUCUCUCCUCUCUGAGGAGCUGAGCUGCAGAGCUGGAGAGGCUCUGAGGAGGACGGUCCAGCUUCACUUCCUACACUUCACCCAAAAACCCUUCAGCUCCGGCCACUCGGACCAACCAACGUUUAAACACUAGGAAGAGAGAGAGAGAGAGAGAGAGUGUAUUUGUGGACCAAGGUUUAAUAUGGGAUUUUUCUAAUGGGAGAUCUACAGGGGGUUGGACAAUGAAACUGAAACACCUGUCAUCAUUUUAAUGUAGGAUUUUAGGUUUCAUGGCUAAAUUGGAGCAGCCUGGUGGUCAAUCUUCAUUAAUUGUACAUUAUUGCACCAGUAAGAGCAUGAGUAAGAGUGUGAAGGUUCAAUUAGCAGGGUAAGAGCACAUUUCUGCUCUAAAUAUUGUAAUGCACACUAUAACAUUAUGUUAUGGGGACAUACCAGAGUUCAAAAGAGGACAAAUUGUUGGUGCACGUCUUGCUGGAGCAUCUGUGACCAAGACAGCAAGUCUUUGUGAUGCAUCAAGAGCCACGGUAUCCAGGGUAAUGUCAGCGAGAUACCACCAAGAAGGACCAACCACAUCCAACAGGAUUAACUGUGGACGCUGUAAGAGGAAGCUGUCUGAAAGGGAUGUUCGGGUGCUAACCCGGAUUGUAUCCAAUAAAAAACAUAAAACCACGGCUGAUCAAAUCACGCAGAAUUUAAUGUGCACCUCAACUCUCCUGUUUCCACCAGAACUGUCCGUCACCACAAUCAAUUAUUGAUUUAAUGAUUUAAAACCAGGUGGUUCAGUUUCAUUGUCCAACUCCUGUACCUACUAAAGCUGCAUUAAAGCUCGUCGUCCAGCUGGUUUUCAUGUCUCUGUUGGGAAAAAAAACGACCCUGUAACUCCAGAUCAGUAUUUUUAUUGUAAGAAUUUCGAGAGAAUUGAAUUUCAAAAGGUUUUCCAUUGUGUCUGUGUUUAAUAGGGAUGUGCGAUAUGGCUCUAAAAUAAUAUCACGAUAUGAUUUCAUGGUAUUUUCAUAUAACGAUUACAAUACUCUUGGCGAUAUGACAAAAAAAAAAAAACACUGAAUUUAAAAAAAGUACUCGAGAAUACACUACUGCAACAAAAUAAAAAAUAAAUACAUUUUAUUAUUGCAAAAUACAGGCCAAAAGUUUGGACACACCUUCUCUUUUUUUUUUUCCAAUACGUUUUCUUUAUUUUUUUCAUGACUAUUAACAUUGUAGAUUCUCACUGAAGCAUCAAAACUAUGAAUGAACACAUGUGGAGUUUUAUGUACUUAACAAAAAAGAAAAGGUGAAAUAACUAAAAAUAAAAACAUGUUUUAUAUUCUAGUUUCUUCAAAAUAAAAGCCCCCCCUUUGCUCUGAUUACUGCUUUACACACUCUUGGCAUCAUUCUCUCAAUGAGCUUCUUCAAGAGGUGGCCACCUGAAAUAAACAGUGUUCCAAAAGUCUUGAAGAAAGAAAGGAAGGAGUUCCCAGAGGUGUUUAUUAGCACUUGUUGGCUCCUUGCCUUCUUCACUCUGUGCUCCAGCUCACCCCAAACCCAAAGCUCAUCUGGAUUGGGUUCAGGUCCGGUGACUGUGGAGGACAGCUCAUUUUUUUUUUUUUUUUAAGUUAAGUACAUAAAACUCCACAUGUGUUCAUUCAUAGUUUUUUGAUGCUUCAGUGAGAAUCUACAAUAUAAUGUAAAUAGUCAUGAAAAAAUAAAGGAAACGCAUUGAAUAAGACUGUAUAUAAAGUAAAAACGGCCGCAGGACCGUGAUUUACUCGCUUGCUACCUUUAGCUUUGCCCUCCAACCCCCCAGAUGGAGCCCAGACCCAGUUUCCCCACCGCCUGAUUCGCUGUGGCGGGGUACUUAAGGUAAUGGCGAACCACUGAGGAAGAAAAAAGAGCCGCUGGCAGCAGAACAGCAGUGCAUUAGCGCUGAUUGCGACCAUUUCAUAUUGACCCGACCAAUGAUCUUUACGUGCCUCCAAUACUGAGCGCCCCACAUCUAUCUGCUCUAAUCCGACAGGUAGCUCUAAUUAAGAAAAGGCUUAAGGCCUGCGUGCGCUGAGCUGAACCGGCGCCAACACGCCGCUGCCUCGUACCUCUAAUAAGACAUGCAAAGAAAAGAACGAAAGAAUAUACGAAUAAACGAUGGAAGAAGAACAGGCUUUAAGAAAACCAAAGAGCACCAAAAAAAGGCUUUGCCUUUGUAGCUAACUCUCUUUAAAAGGUGUGACCUUACUACAAACAAAAACUAAUAAAAUAUUAGAAAAGAAAUUAAUCAGAUAUAUUAAAGAAUCUUAUAUCAAUAUUUUUAGAAACCACUCGAAGUGCAGGUUCUGAAUCUUCUGAAUUUUUUCCCCAUUGGUUUCUACACAGGAAGGACAGUCACAAUGAUAAUUAUAGAUUUAUCAUAUACAAAAUAAAAUGGACAUGUCCUCAAUAAUAUUUGAUCUUGAUAAUGCAGAUCUCCUCUAUUGUGUUUUAUUUGAACACUAUUGUAGCCAAUGUUUCGAUAAAUUCGAGUCCAUACACACAGUAUGAACUGCAGUAGGUGAAGACAUGGGAGGUGUAUCUACUAGUGCAUCCCCAAAAAAUAGAGAAUAUCAUUGAAAAGUAUGUGUGUGUGUGUAUAUAUAUAUAUAUAUAUAUAUAUAGGUUUAACAACAGCUAAACCUGUUGUUUCCACCCUCCAGCCUGCACUCCACCUGCUGUAAUAGAAACUGCUGGUUUUUAGCAUGCUGUUAGCAUGUAGCACCACAGUGUUCUGUUCUGAAUAUUAAUCAGAAAAUCCCUUAUCAGACGCCUUUUGGUUUUACCAGACCUGUACACUCCGUAACACCAGACCUGUACACUCCGUAACUCCAGACCUGUACACUCCCAUAACUCCGGACCUGUACACUGCUUAAGUCCAGACCUGUACACUCAGUCACUCCAGACCUGUACACUCCGUAACUUCAGACCUGUACACUCCGUAACACCAGACUUGUACACUCCGUAACUCCGGACCUGUACACUCCGUAACUCCAGUUCUGUUCAUUCCGUAACUCAAGACCUGUACACUCCAUAACACCAGACUUGUACACUCCGUAACACCGUCGGCAGUGAGCUUUAGUGUAACGGUGUUGACUGUGUGUUUUUGUAUUAAAGAUUUGUCUUAUAUUAAAGUGCCUUUUUUUUCAACAGCUUUUCAGUUCCAGACUUUAUCAUGAUGCGUUUAAAGGAAAAACUGCUGUAUUCUCUUUCACACUAGAAAUGUUCUUAUGCAAAUUGACGCCAUUUAUAGAUGUUCUUGUUUAGACAUUUAAUCUGAAAAUAUGCAGUAAUUGUUAAUAAAAUAUGAACAAAAAUGA